AAAAACAGCACAGCAAAUAUCGGAGAAUUUCAUAUUUAAUUAAUUAAUUAAGUAACUAGAAAAAGUGAAAAUACCAUGGUUACUACUGUGCCGUCUCUUUUUGUGCAUAAAGAAUAUUUAAUAAUAACGACUUAAAUAUCGGCCCCAAGUUGGGGUAAAAAUUCAACAUUGUGUUAGUUAUGUAUCUUUAGAACCCUUUUGAGGCAAUACCUUUGCUAGGAAAAAGCUUGUGAUAUAGCAGCAUGUAAAGUGAGACGUGUGUGCGUUCACUGUUUUUGGACACAAUGCACUGCAUACAAUAAUGGCUGAGUGAGGAUUCUGUAUAUUCUUAAUUCAAUGAUAUCUGCCAUACCCUGCUAAGCUUCUCGAGUGACCCAGCGGGGAGCCGUACCAGUGGCACUACGUACAACGGAAGGUUCCGGCCGACCAAGUACGGAGACAAGCCUAGGGAAAGAAGAAGAAAAAUAAAAUCUGCCACACCCAUCUCUUAACUAACCUGCGAUUGCACUCAACUGAAUAAGCGGGUUAAACUGGUCACAUUUGUAAUUAAGGAUGGAAAACUUAAAGAUGGAAGGCCAGAAGUCUUCCAAUACUGAAUAUGUAGUUGUAUGUAAAAUGGAGCGUUUGGAUGGCUUAGACGUCACUACGGAACAGGAAGAUGACAGCAUAGACCUCACCUUUCCCAAAGAUAACUUUUCCAACGCCAUACUAUCUGAUACUCCAGAAUUGGGGGAACAAGCCACAGACCCGUUAAGACCAAUUAAAACAGAAACAACCGUCAAAAUCACCCGUCUUGGCACAGAAGUGAAGUCCGAAAAUGAAGACUCAUCAUCCAGAGGUACUGAGGGGUCGAUGAAAAUAGUGAAAACACAUGUGAAAAUGGAGCGUUUAGGUGAGACAACUUCGAGCUCAGACUCUACCUUACCUGACUCGCCCGCGCCCAAGAAACGUCGUCGCUCAAAACGCGGCACUCGUACCGUCACGGCCCUCGCUUGCGAUUUCUGCGAAUACAAAUGUAAACACCAGAGCGUACUCGCCAUGCAUUUGAGGCGACACACGGGCGAAAAGCCUUUCAUUUGCGACUAUUGCGGCGCCAAAUUUACGCGAAAGCACGACCUAACCAGUCACAUUCGAAGACACACGGGCGAGAAACCCUUCAGAUGCGGCCGCUGUAAUGCUAGGUUUAUAAGGAAAUACGACUUGACAGCGCACACAAAACUGCACACGGGCGAGAAAGCAUUCCCCUGCGAGCGAUGCGAUAGGAAAUUUGCAUGCAAAACUCGUUAUACCGUACACAUGAGAAGUCACACGGGGGAGAAACCUUUUAAAUGCAAUAUAUGUAGAGCUCAAUUCGCUGUGAAGCAGAAUUACGACGGCCAUAUGCGCUCGCACACGGGGGAGAAACCGUUCGCCUGCGAUCGGUGCGACGCUAAGUUUAAACACAAAAAAAGUUUAGUAUUCCACAUGAGGACUCACACGGGGGAAAAACCGUUCACGUGUGACAUGUGCCGGAAAAAAUUUUCAGCUAAGCAAUAUUUGAUCACCCAUAUAAACUCCCAUUCAGGCUUUAAACCUUUUACCUGUAGGCAUUGCGGUACUCGUAAUAAAUCCAAAAAGUGUUUGACCGCUCAUCUGGACAAGUUCCACAGAGGCAAAAAUAAAGUUAAACCAAUUUUGGGUCGUGAAAAAAAAGAUAAACAUUAAAACAAAGUUCCUGUGAUAGAUUUUCGUUUAUCAUUUUAUUAUAGGUAUUUAUGUAUGCAAUUCGUCGGUUAUCUUAGUACCCAUAACACAAGGCUACAAGCUACGCUUACUUUGGGGUUAGUUGUUGAAGUUGGUAAUAUAAUUGUUUAUUAUUUGUUUAAAUGUUUUGCGAAAUUUGUAGAUCAAAUUUCGUUAUCCACAUGAGAACUUACAUUUGUAAAAAACUUAGAUCACGCUGAUAAAUAUAUAAUGGAAAAAGAAUCCUAUUGAUGUUUCAUAAUUUAAAUAAAUGGGCUGUGCUAAGAUCACUGCAGAGAUGCCGAUUAGACUUCCGGUAUAUCGAAGUGUUAAAGUGUUAGUACAAAAUCACCUUAAUGUCAGUUCAUAUACAGGACCAGACUACGAGACCAAUCCAAUAGCAGCGAGGAGUUUGAGAAACUGGUUGCGUUGGAGGACGUCUUUAAGCGUCUGGAUUGGAACGGACUUGGCAUCAACAUCAACGGCGCGUACAUCACUCAACUUCGGUUUGCCGACGAUGUUGUAAUAAUGGCAGAUACUCUGCGAGACCUUAAUACGAUGCUCAAUGACCUCAGUAGUCUCUCAACAAUUGGUCCUUUGCACGAACAUGAGCAAGACAAAGAUUAUGUCCAACGCUCAUGUUCCUCUUUGAGAGCACUGCACUCGAAAUUGUCAACGAAUAGCUUGGCCACACGAUCUAAUUAGAUAGUUCCAAUUUAGAGAAAGAGUUAAAUCCGCCGAAUCCAACUGAUGGACAGCGUCCGUGACAUCUUGUCGACCAAAAUACCUCAGUCCAGUCUUGGAACAAUGAAGGCUAAUAAGAAGGCUCAGAGUCCAGAGCGGGCGAUGGAGAGAGCUAUACUUGGUGUAUCUCUACUUGAUUAAAUCAGCAAUGAGGAGAUCCGUGGAAGAACCAGAGUCACUGACUACUAGCUCGAAGAGUCGCGAAGCUAUAGUGGUAUUUGGUGCGGCAUAUAGCUCGGUGAGCUGAUGGACGUUGGGAUCCCAAAAAAGUUGGAAUGAC